AUGGACAAUAUAAAAGUGAAAUUAAGAAAACAAUUCAUUUAUAAUAGCAACAAAAAAUCAAAUAGGAGCACAUUUAACAAAAGCAGUAGAAAAAUUGUCUAAAACCUACCAAAAUUGUUGGAAGACCUUAAAUAAAUAGAUGUUGCAUGUUUGUGUAUUAGAGGACUUAAUGUGAAAUUGGCAGUAGUCUACCAAAUGAUCUAGAUUCAAGGCAAUCUCUAUCAAAAUCCUAGCUGCCUUUUUUUUUUUUUAAUAAAAAACUGAUCCCAGAAUUUAUAUGGAAAUUCAGGGUAUCUAAGAGAGUAAAAACAAUUCUGUAAAAGAACAAAAAUGAAGGACCUCUCCUAAUUUUAAAACUUAGUGCAAAGCUAUAGUUACCAAGACGGUGUGAUGCUGGUAUAAUGAGAGACAUAAAGAUUGAUGAAAUAGAAUUGAGAGUCCAGAAAUAAACCCUAAUGCUUCUGAUCAGUUGGUUUUUGACAAGAGUGCUGACAUAAUUUAAUAGGGAAAGACUAGUCUUUUCAACAGAUGGUGCUGGGACAACUGUGUAUCCAUUAGCAAAAGAAUAAAGUUGGACUCUUUCCUUAACCGUGCAUUAAAAUUGAUGCCAAAUGGAUUAUAGACCUAAAUGUAAGAACUAAAACUAUAAAAUUUAAAAGAAAUUUAAGAGUCAAUCUUCAUGUCAUUGGAUUAAGCAGACCUUUCUGAGAAAACAUCACAAGCACAAGUGACAAAAGAAAAAAUAGAUAAAUUGGACUUCAUCAGUAUUGAAAACUACUUCAGAAGACACCAUCAAGACAGUGAAAAGCCAGCCCACCAACUGGGAGAAAAUACUUGCAAAUCAUAUCUCUGAUUGGUCUGCAUUUUCUGGAAUUCUUAGUAGUGUGUUUUGCUUACUGCAGAAGGUAUGUUCUUGAAAAUUUGAUGAUCUCACCUAUUUAUUUGAGAGAGAGAGGGAGAGAACACAAGCAGGGGGAGCAGCAGAGGGAGACGGAGAAGCAGGCUCCCUCCCGGCCGAGCAGGGAGCCCGAUGCUGGCUUGGCCCCAGGACCCCCGGGAUCAUGACCUGAGCUGAAGGCAGACGCUUAACCAACUGAGCCACCAAGGCGCCCCUGGUACCUCUGCAUUAGCCAGAUUGGAUAUAUGUAAAGAGAAAAAUCAGUAUAUCUGGAUCAUCAGCUUCCUUUUAAUGGUAAAAACACCUCUGGCUCCAGGUGGUGGAAGAUCUUACCGAAGUGACUGAAAUGAGAAAGGUUUUUAUUUGUCUCAUGUCCUAAGAAGUCUGGAGGCAGUUAGUUCGCAGGAAACGGAUGCCAUCAGGGACCCAGGUUGUGCUUUAAGAAGACUAUAGGGAAGAACACAUUUUCUUCUUGCCACAGAAAUUGCAGUAGAAGUGGGAAAUUGGUGAUAAUGGGGGGAUGGUCAAGAAUCUGUGAAGGCUUGAAAGGGCCCAUGAGUCUUCUCAUCGUUGAGCCGUUCUAUGGAGGGUCCCAUAAACAGCUGGUGGAUCUGCUCCAAGAAGAGUUAGAAGACUGUGUCCUUUAUACCCUUCCUGCAAAGAAAUGGCAUUGGAGAGCACGGACAUCGGCUUUAUACUUCUCCCAGAAUAUUCCCAUCAGUGAACAGUACAGGAUCCUCUUUGCAAGCUCAGUGCUGAACCUGACCGAACUGGCUGCCCUUCGGCCCGACCUUGGGAAAUUGAAAAAGAUUCUGUACUUCCAUGAGAACCAAUUGAUAUAUCCUAUCAAGAAAUGUCAGGAGAGGGAUUUCCAAUAUGGAUACAACCAAAUUCUCUCAUGCCUGGUGGCUGAUGUGGUGGUGUUCAACUCGGUUUUUAAUAUGGAGUCAUUUCUUACCUCUAUUGGAAAAUUUAUGAAGCUGAUUCCUGAUCACAGACCCAGGGAUCUGGAAAGCAUCAUCAGACCCAAGUGCCAAGUUAUUUACUUUCCCAUCAGGUUUCCUGAUGUGAGCAGAUUCAUGCCCAAGCACAAACCAACCCAUUUACAGAAGAUUCUCAGCCUUAAAGGAAAUGGUGGCACUGCUCCAUCUCUGGCCCUUCCUUUCCAACAGGAGCAGAAAGGUUCUGAGAAUUUAUUGAAGAAUUCUAAUUCAGAGUCUGGACCUUGCAAUGCAGCGCCACAAGAAAACCUGGGUAGCUCAUUAACACAGGAGUCAGACUGGAGAACAUGCGACUCAUCAGAUAAUUCAAGUUCUCAUCAUCAGGAAAAGAUACAAAAUGCGGCUUUUAAUCCCCGGGACAUUUUGGGUGGAAUUGAUGAUCCGCAAAGGCCACUGCACAUUGUGUGGCCUCACAGGUGGGAGCAUGAUAAAGAUCCAGAGAGUUUUUUUAAAGUAUUAAUGCACCUUAAGGAUUUAAGACUCAAUUUCCAUGUGUCUGUCCUUGGAGAAACCUUCACAGAUGUCCCAGAUGUAUUUUCAGAGUCCAAAAAGGCAUUGGGAUCGUCUGUCAUACACUGGGGCUACUUACCCAGCAAAGAUGACUAUUUCCAAGUACUGUGCAUGGCCGAUGUUGUCAUCUCAACGGCUAAGCAUGAAUUCUUUGGAGUGGCAAUGUUGGAAGCUGUGUAUUGCGGUUGUUACCCACUCUGUCCCAAAGAUUUGGUUUAUCCCGAAAUAUUUCCAGCUGAGUAUCUGUAUUCCACACCUGAACAGCUUUCAAAAAGGCUCCAGAUUUUCUGCAAGAGACCAGAUAUUGUAAGAAAACAUCUUUAUAAGGGUGAAAUGACUCCUUUUUCUUGGGCAGCCCUACACGGUAAAUUCAGGUCUCUGCUUACAACAGAACCUAGGGAAGAUUUGUGACAGAUGGGGCUAAGUCACAAACUUGCAGCCUAAGGCAGAAUCUGUAGAACUUUCCAGAGUGUGCCCAUAUUUACCUGAUCAGAGAGAAAAGAAAAUCUGCAGAGGAAGCUGAGCCUGGCUGCUUGUCAUAGCUGACACAGAGCCAUCUGCCACAAACCUGUGGCGGCUUCAGAUCUCCCAUCCCUGCCACCACCCCAACUCAAAUUAAAUACAGAUUCCUAGAGACGUUAGGAUGGUUACACAUGUCCUCGGCAUCACAUGGAGGAGACUGUUCAAAAAAAAUAUGUGGCCUGUUGUAUAACCGCACUCAUGUAUCCCAUAUGUGGUGCCACAUUGAAUUUCCGGUUGAAUCCGUUUUUAUCCUUUGUACUGGAUGACAUGGUGCCUGAAUUCUUUCUUUUUGCCGACACGAUGGCAGCCAAACUGCAGCUUCAAAAGCUCGCGCUUGGCUGGGUUUCCACCUAGGUUGCCAGGUUAUCGCUGGAGCCUUCUUGUGUCCUCAAAGGGCCACAGGGUCUGAACGGACGAUCAGAAUGCUGCCAGGCUAAUUGGGCAGCCAUCUCAGAAUUGUUCGUGGGCAAAGGGCUGCUUUAGCACUUUUAUUUUAGCAAAUUAACGACUCUCUGGCACAGGGGUUCUUAAGUGAAGGUAUUAAUAAGGGGUCUGGCAGGUAGUCCCAUGAUUCACAGUUACAUUUGCAUUUAAUUUAUUUUAAAGUUGCGAGAUAAACAGCUGUAAUUUGGACAAACAUGGGAAACACGCUAAGUGGGGCCAUCUUGCCCAUAAAAGGAACACUGAGAUACUUGUUUUAAUUUUUUUCCUGGGGUAAAAAUAGAGAAAUCAAAAUACUUCCACUAAAACAGUAAUUUUGAUAGAAAUAUUCCUCAAAAAUAGUUGCAUCCAGCUACAAAUACAAUCUUUUCAAGAUAAAUCGCUUAUGAUUCCAAUAGUCACGCUGCUGUAUUUGUUGAUAUAAAGAUGUUUUGAACAGCUAGAUUGUAAAAUAAAUUUUUAAUAAAGUGCCUACUGCAAUUUUUAAUUAGCAUAUCUCAUUUAUGUGUAAGAGUGUACAUCUAUCUGUAUGUUUCUCGCUGAAUACUUUCCUUGUGUCAGAGACAACGAAUACAAUUGUUUCUUUUCCGGAUGUACAGGGAUCUGUUUUGCAAAUGUUUGUAAGAUAUUAUGACAUUUCCAAGAUUGUCUUUGCAUUCUGGAAAGCAGGAGGUAAACAUUUGUAGUCAUUAAGGUAAAGUCUGUUGAUAAACCAUCUUCUGUUUACUGACAGGUAAACUGUAACUUUCCUAGCUUUUGAAAGGAAUAACUUUUAUACACUGCAGAGUGAGGGACAGCCAGGGAGCAGAGGGUGGACAAGGGCCAAGCAUGGCCUUCUGGCUUCUAGAAGGACCGAGUGGUCUAGCAGGCAUCCGAGAUAGAGCAGGCGAUGAUUCACAAGUCCAGUAGGGCCCAUUUGACAGGUAGCAAAAUGGUCAGCAGGAAUUAGAUCAAGGUCCAGGAGCCAGAUAGAUCCCUCAGGAUAGAGGCAGUCUUGCAGAUCAAAGAAGGCAGGAAUUCAGAAUGCAUCAGGCCUGGGAACUGAAAAGCAGGACAAGUAAGAAGCAGAAACAACAAGCCUUAUCUUUGCAGAUAGUCCUCUCCCUAAUCAGUGUGAGGUCUUUAACGCAUGAUGGGACAUCACAGCACUAGCUUCGAGUCCUAUCAAUUGUGGGGAAGCCACUGAACAGAUUACCUCCUCACCCACGAAACAAAGGGCUCGGGGAUUAUUUCAGAAGUCCCUUCCGGUCUGAGACUGGGGAACUCAGACAGGUGUGCACCUUUUGAGUGUAAAAGUUAAGGUAUAAAUAUGCCCAAGAGGUUCUUAGACCGUUGGGCAGGGUUUGUCAUCUAAUGAAAUGAACUAGACCAGUAAAUUUGCUUCAGUCAGAAGGAUGCCAUGUCACAGUGAUGUCUUCUCACAGCCAAGAAACAGUGUUUAGUUUAUUGUGUUUUACUGUCAUGAAAAUAAUGGGCUCCCAUUUUAUAGUAGACAUAGUUGAAAGUUACCUGUGUAUGGAGGGGUUUUCUUCCCUCUACCCAUAAAUGCAAAUCAGCUUUUGUCUUUAGCUGUACCCAGUAUUCCUUCUCGAAUAAAAAUUUACAUUGAAGUUGUCACUUCUUAAAACUAUGCUGUCAGACCUGGUAUCAGUGCAUAUAAACAAUAAAAAGUUUUGUAAAUG